GAGGAUAACGAGUAUAUCGACAAACUGAAGAGCGGAAAAUUGCCUGAGCAAAAGGCUUGGAGUGACAUGACUCUGUUGUAUGAGUGAGAGUCACUCAUCGACUGACCUACGUCUAAGUAUUGGCUGGUGGUUCUCUGGGUUGAAGCGAUCUAUUGUUGAUCAAUCCGCGGCGAUGGAGCAGCAUCAACAGAAUGUCAGACAUGGGUGAGUCCUUGAAAUGGCCUACAGAAAACGCGUUAUGUGCUCGGCAGGAACAUGGCUCGAUGGAGCAGGAAGAGUUCAGGAAGAGCAGACGUGACGGGGUUGAAUGCCAAGGGAGACCCCCGAGCCCACGAAGCGCAGCGCCACAAGUUUAGAUUAGCUGCGCCACAAGAAUUAAAGGCUGCGUAAGCGCUCAAUACAAGAACAUCUCAGACCCUGAAUCUACCAGUAUGCAUCUGUAAUUCUUAAUUUCCACGUGAGAGAUAUGGCAUCCAAAGAGGGACCCGCGACUCCCAGCCGCGAGCGACCCGCAGUCAUAACAACACCAAGUGCGCCGACAAGCAACGGCAAUGGACACCUCGAACUCGAUGACAUGCCGUCUUCGCCUAUACACCCCAUCCAGGAGGACUUGAUGGCUUUGGCGAGACUGGGAGAGCUACGAUCAAUACAGAAACUCUUCGACAGCGGGAAAGCGUCAGCAACAUCGGCAGAUCCCCAAGGAAUCACAGCACUACAUUGGGCUGCUAUCAACGGUCACUACGCUCUCUGCCAUUACCUCCUUGAAGCCGGCGCAAACGUCAACGCAAAAGGCGGUGACGCCGAAGCAACCCCUGUGCUAUGGGCCUCUAAGCGCUGCCAUCUGGACGUCGUGAAUCUGCUCCUCCAACACGGAGCCGAUCCUCUCCUCACAGACGAUCAAGGAUACAAUCUAUUACACUCGGCUACUCUGGACGGCAAUGUCUUCCAGCUUAUCCUCCUCCUGCACCAAGCAGACGUACCGGUGGACAUCGCCGAUUCUCAAGGACACACCAGCCUCAUGUGGGCUGCAUACAAGGGGUUCCCGGCCUGUCUGGAUGUUCUACUCAAAUGGGGUGCCGAUGUGCACGCAAGAGAUGACCUGGGCUUCACCGCAUUACAUUGGGCUUUGGUUAAGGGCAGCUACAAUUGCAUUCAAAAACUCGUCGAAUACGGUGCCGACCGCUUUGUUGCGAACAACGAAGGCAAAACUCCUGCUGUCACUGCAAAAGACAUGAAUUCAACACGCCAAUGGCAUCGUGCACUUGAAGACAGCGGAUUUGAUUCUUCUGGAAAUCCACGAAAUUUCCCCCUGACUUUUGUCAAGGACUCGAAAAAGUUCAUUGAGCGAUUCUUCUUCUGUUGGCCAUUUGUUGUCAUUGGAGUGACGUUGUACAUUCUCUCGAUUAUGCCGGUAUAUUUCGGCCUACCGAUAUCCAUGAUCACCUCGUAUUCUUUGCAACGGGCAUCUCAGUUUUUGCUCAAAUGGGCACCGAGCGACAUGAAACAUAUGCACAAUACUCCAUUCUUAGCUGGAGUCUUCGCAUCAACUCUCACAUGGGUGGGCGUCAGAUACAUCACCCACAUUCUUCCAACCACAUUCGCGAGCCAUUUUUUCCUUAACUUUUUCUUCGUCGUCUCAUAUGGCCUUUGUGCAUAUUACUACAUUACAGCCAUGCGUAUGGACCCGGGCUUCAUCCCUCGCUCAGCAUCCCGAGGACAACAAAAAGCAACCAUUGAAGAACUCAUCGACGCCAGAGCAUUCGACGAACAACAUUUCUGCACCAUAUGCAUGAUCAGAAAACCCCUCCGUAGCAAACACUGCAGACGCUGCAAACGCUGCGUCGCCCGCCACGAUCACGACUGCCCAUGGCUUAGAAACUGCGUGGGCGUAAACAACCACCGCGCCUUCGUCCUCUACAUAAUCUUCCUCCUCAUCGGCAUAAUCUUCCUCAUCCAACUCACCCUAGCCUAUCUAACCCUUCUCCCCACACCACCGGCCUCGGCCAUCCACUGCGAAGUCCUCAAACCAGAAUUCUGCGCCCAAUGGUCCAAAGAUCCGUUUACGCUGCUCGUCAAUGGCUGGGGAAGUGUUCAAUUGACUUGGACCACCAUGUUACUUUUCGUGCAACUCACGCAAAUCGCCCGUGCGGUCACUACUUGGGAGGCUAUGCGUAAUAAUCAUCCCGGCCCGCUUACCACUGCCAUAACCACUGGUUCCACUUCUGCGAAUAUGCAGACUUCGGGUGGUGGACCUGCUACUGGGACGUCCCCUCGUACAACACCUGAAGGUUGUUUUUCGCAAUGGAAGCGUUUGUUGGGUGUGGACACUUUUGUCGCUACUGCUCUGCAUGGCUCUCGCGCUCAGGAAGUGCUUGCCCAACGGAGGGAAAAUCCCUUCACAAAGGGCAUCGUGAGAAAUUGCAUGGACUUUUGGACUGAUGGUGAGGGUUCGGGUGUGAAGUCCAUGUUUGGCGGUAAGGAGCCUGGAAUGGGGUUGUUGGGUGGUGUGAAGGUUGACUACAGGAAGUUGUUUGAUUUGCCGAGGAAUGAGGAGGUGUAGAGAGAUGGAGGAGGGAAUUUGUGUAUAUAGAUGGAUGGAUGACAUGGCUGUCUUGGGGGCAGACCAAGAGGUCUUUUGUGUAUAGCAUGGACGGAUGGAUGUAUAAUGAUCAAUAAAUCUGGACUGUAGAACAGUUCUGUCCAUCACUUGUCGACUGUCAUUUUUGACUGUCAGAAUGCA